CUCGAAAAAUUUGUUUACUCUCCAUUGGCUAUAAACCUUACUACUAGUGGGCAUAUGGUGCAUAUAUUUUAAAACAUUAUAUUAAUAGUAGUUUUCAAUAAUGGCGUCUAAAACUCAUGUGAAUAAUGCAGCAAAUGAACGUCGUAUGAGACUAAUUUAUGACUGGCUCGACUUUGGAAAUAAUAAAAAAGCACUUCAAGAAGCCGAUAAAGUUCUUAAGAAACAUCCAGGCCAUCAAUGUGCAAGGGUUCUUAAAGCUUUGGCUCUUUUAAGACUCGGCAAAGAAAAUGAAUGUCAAACUAUUAUGGAUCAAGUCAGAAUGGAAAUACCCUGCGAUGAUUCCACGUUACAAGCAAUGAGUAUUUGUUAUAGAGAAAUACACCAACCUGAUAAAAUCAGUGAGGUAUAUGAAGCAGCGGCAAAAGCGGAUCCAAAUAAUGAAGAACUUUUGACACAUUUAUUUAUGUCAUACGUACGAUUAGGUGAUUUUAAAAAGCAACAGCAUACUGCUCUUGCUUUAUAUAAACUGGUUCCUAAAAAUCCUUACUACUUCUGGGCUGUUAUGAGUAUUGUUAUGCAAGCAAUGCAAGCCGACCAAAACAUAGCUAAAAGAGUCACGUUACCACUUGCAGAAAGAAUGGUGUUAAAAUUAGUUGAUGAAGAUAAAAUUGAAGCCGAACAAGAGGUCCAAUUAUAUUUAAUGAUAUUAGAAUUACAAGGAAAAGAUGAAGAAGUAUUGAAGGUUUUAUCUGGACCUUUAGCUUCUCGUAUUUCAAAUCUUGUACCAAGGAAAGCGCUGUUACUGCUCAAACUGCAGCAAUACCCCGAAGCCGUGAGUGCUUUCAAGGAACUUAUUAGUCAAGAUGCAGACAACUGGUCAUUUUAUCAAGAUUAUUUAAAAACUGGUUUGAAAUGUCAAACCGUAGUGGAAUGCCUAAAUUUUUUAGAUGAAACUGUAGGAAAAGUUGAAAAAAAAUUAAGAGCACCACAUCUAGCUCGUCUCGAUUUGCUUAAAAGAGCUCGAGACUGUGAAUUGGAGUGUCCGUUAGAUCCUGUUGAAGAUAUGUUAAAAUAUUUUAAUCAAUUUGGUUCUAAAGGAUGUGUAGUUAGUGAUUUUAAAAUGUACUUACAUCUCUUAUCGGCAUCUGAAAAAGAUAUGCUACUACAAAAGAUCGAGAAAAGUAUUGUAUUCAAUAAUGAAGGAUAUCCAGAUUCGGUAAAUGAAAUGCAAAAAUAUAUUCACUUUGAACAAUUAAGGCGACUUUGUGGAAUGCAUCAUUCGCCUAAACUUGAUUUAAAAGGAAGAAUAGAAUUAGUUCAACGACUUUGUGAUCUUUAUAAAAAAGGAUGUGAACUUUGUCCAGAAGAAGAAAGAUUACCUACUGACUUUUGUCCAGCAGAUGUAUAUAUUUUAUUAGCUACCCAUUUGCUGCAUCAAAUGUGGCAUGAAACUGGAGAAGCAGUUUAUCUUUAUAGGGCAAUAGAGCUCCUUGAACGAUGCUUAAGUACAAGUACUUCUAAUUUUCACAUAAAAAUCGCGUUGACGCGAAUAUACAUAGAAGUAGGUUUUAUAGGAGCCGCUGAUUAUGUUUUUGUUUUGCUGGAUGCAAAGCAAAUUCAAUUGGAUUCUCUAGGAUUUUUACAUGUUCCUUUGCUAGCGCCUAUGGGUCUUUUGUCACAUGCAUCGCAUAAUUUGGAUCACACAGCGAAAUUUUUCGUUGGCAACACUAAAGAUAGUGCAGAUCAAUUGACUUUUGCCUAUAAAUAUGGAAGUUUCUUGAAGAUUCAAGAAUUUGUUGAUUUAAGGGAACGUUUAGAAAAAUCAGUUUAUUUUGCUAUAACGACUGUUGAUAAAAUGCUGAUUGAGUUGACUUGGAGUGAAAGCUCAUCGGCUUUUUUGAAUUCUUUGGCAAAUAUGCACGUUCAACCCUAUGAAGAUACAAUUAGUUGGGAUUUGCUAAGGGAUAAUCGAGAUUUGGAGGUUGUCAUUGGAUGGGAACCAAUUCAAAAUGAGGGACAUGAUGUACGAAUGAGGAAAGAAACUCGUGAUUGUAUGUUAUGUUUACUAAAAGUUCGAAGUCUUAUAUUAAGAGUAUUGGCAUCAGUCACGGAAACAGAUACAAGUAUAUUGUUUAUCAAAUUAUCUCAAGAAAUAAGAACAUUAGUUGAAGAAACAAUACCAUCUGUUCUUCGAAAAUUUCGAACGGACGAUGGAAUUGAUAAAAUUAAUAGUGUUGUGAUUCCUAUAGACGCUGUAGUGCGUUUAAGAGAAAUUUACGAUUCAGAACAAUUGAUGGCAAUUGUUCAUCUUAUAGAGUCUUUAUCGCAAUAUCCUUAUCCAGAUAUGAGUUGUAUUGAAAUAUUGAGAAAAUCUUUAAGUAUAAAAAUACCAACAAUUCCAGAACAAGAGGAACCAGUUUCGUUUAAUCAAUUUUUUCUAAGAGCAUCAACGUGCGGUGAAACUUUAUCAAUUUUAGGAUCAAUUUGUGCUGUUAUCAUGUCACAAUCGAAACCACGACGUUCUCAAAAGAAAAAUAAAAAAAAACAAACGAAAGAGAGUGAAGAACCUGCCAUAGAAAUAAGCCAGAAUUGGUUAAAUAUUGAAGAACUUUUAUCGGAAAGAUUACAAAGUUUACAAACACUACUUAGAUUACUUGAUAGAACUUCAGUGGAAACGGGUUCAAAGAGCAAUGAUGAAAUCGCUCAAAAUAUACAGAAGCAAAUUUACACAAGUAUUAAUCAAACUUGUAAAUCAUUAAAUUUCCGAGCAUUCUGCACAUUGAAACAUUUGUCUGAAUUAAAAAGCUGAAAUUUUGAAUGUAAAAAAAUAUUUUUUGUCAUUAAGUAGUGGAUUCCUGUUUUGUAAAUAUUAAUCGUUUGUAAUUAUCAUUUAUCUCGAAAAUCUUGUCAAGUCAGAUAAUGUUUAUUAAUGUACGAAAAACAUUUUUAUACAUUUUUUGCAACAAUAGAAAAAGUUGUGGUUUUUAAUUAAUAUAAAUUACUUGAUUACAUUUUCGAGAA